AGCCAGCCGCGCAGCAUGCGCUGGGGGGUUGGCUUUGCUUCGUCCAGGCCGUGUGUGGUGGAUCUGAGCUGGAACCAGAGUGUCUCCUUCUUCGGCUGGUGGGCCGGGUCCGAGGAGCCCUUCUCUUUUUAUGGGGACAUCAUCGCUUUCCCUUUGCAGGAUUACGGUGGGAUCAUGGCAGGGCUGGGCUCCGAUCCCUGGUGGAAGAAAACCCUUUACUUGACUGGGGGAGCUUUGCUGGCCGCAGCUGCGUAUCUGCUCCACGAACUCCUGGUCAUUAGGAAACAGCAAGAGCUUGACUCCAAAGAUGCUAUUAUUUUGCAUCAGUUUGCAAGACCUAACAAUGGUGUUCCAAGUUUGUCUCCUUUCUGUUUGAAAAUGGAAACUUACUUAAGGAUGGCUGACUUACCCUACCAGAACUAUUUUGGUGGAAAACUAUCUGCUCAAGGGAAAAUGCCUUGGAUUGAAUAUAAUAAUGAAAAAGUUUCUGGCACAGAAUUCAUAAUUGACUUUCUGGAAGAGAAACUUGGAGUGAAUUUAAACAAAAACCUUGGCCCGCAUGAAAGAGCCGUGUCCCGAGCAGUGACGAAGCUGGUGGAGGAACACUUUUACUGGACAUUAGCUUACUGCCAGUGGGUGGACAAUCUCAAUGAGACCCGGAAGAUGCUCUCUCUUAGUGGUGGUGGUCCCUUCAGUAACCUGCUGCGGUGGGUCGUGUGCCACAUAACCAAAGGAAUUGUGAAGCGCGAGAUGCACGGCCACGGUAUUGGCCGCUUCUCAGAGGAAGAGAUUUACAGGCUGAUGGAGAAGGACAUGCGGUCCCUAGCCGGGCUUUUGGGUGACAAGAAGUACAUCAUGGGGCCCAAACUCUCCACUCUGGAUGCCACUGUCUUUGGACACUUGGCGCAGGCCAUGUGGACCUUGCCAGCAAGGCCUGAACGGCUGAUUAAAGGGGAGCUGAUCAACCUGGCCAUGUACUGUGAGAGGAUAAGGAGGAAAUUCUGGCCAGAGUGGCACCAUGAUGAUGACAACACCAUCUACGAAUCGGAAGAGAGCAGCGAAGGCAGCAAAACCCACACGCCGCUGCUGGACUUCAGCCUUUACUCAAGGACAGAGACCUUUGAAGACGAGGGGGCCGAGAACAGCUUCUCCAGAACCCCAGACACGGAUUUCACGGGACACUCCCUCUUUGAUUCUGACGUGGACAUGGACGACUACACAGACCACGAACAAUGCAAGUGAUGGCUGCCCGGUGGCCCUCUCCUUUCUCGGCUGCCAUACCCCGGGUUGGCCAUUCCUCAGAUUGUAAUCCAUGCAGCCUGGCAGGAGGGCUCCGUGCUUGGCCCAGUUUUCACAUGCUAACU